AUGUUGGAUCUGAAGAGCAAAGAGACGAGCGGCGCGGCGGCGACGGCGGCGGUGGGGCGGAAAACGCGCGACGCGGGACGGGGGAAGCGGACGCGCGAGAUCGGGGUCGGGAAAGACUUUUGGAACGAGUUGGGAUAUCUGUUAAAGGUGGCGUUUCCCACGGCGGGGAGCCGAGGAGGGCAGUUGUUGGGCGCGCAGUUCACGCUGCUCGUCAUGCGCACGCUGUUGACGGUCAGGGCGAAUAAGGUGAACACGUUCUAUUUGACCAAGGCCAUCUCGAGCGCGUCGUGGAAGUUUUGGGUGCGGUGGUUUUUCAACUUUGGCGGUUGGAUGGCGAGCGGCGUGGUGGUGAACAGCGGGCUGCGAUACACCGAGAGUUUGAUCACGAUCGAACUCAGAGCGGCGUUGACGAAGAAGGCGCAUAAGAUGUACAUGGAAAACAAUAACUUUUACAAGACGGCGGUUUUGCGUCAAGGCGGGUUGGAUAACGUCGAUCAACGCAUCGUGGCGGACAUCGACGCCUUCGCCAAGGAGACGGCUUUCCUGUACGGGCACUCGUUCAAGCCCAUUUUGGAGUUCACGCUGAGCUUGACCGAAGCCGCGAAGGAGUUGGGCUAUUCUCGCCCGCUCGCGCUUUUCGCGUCACAAAUCAUCAUCACCGGCGUUUUGCGAUCCAUCGCCCCGCGACUCGGACCGAUGGUCGCUCGCGAAGCCGCGCUCGAGGGCGGUUUCCGCCACACGCACGCGCGCUUGAUCGCUCACGCGGAGGAAAUCGCCUUAUUAGACGGGGGCAAACGCGAGAUUGAGAUUUUAGAUGAAGGCUUGGAUAAUUUGGUCGUCACGCAGCGCUGGCAUGCGCUGCAGCGUAUUCGCAAGAGCGUCGCCGACAACGUAUCCAAGUUCCAAGGCUUGCUCGUGGGCAGUAUUUUCGUACACGUCCCGUUCAUGAUGAAGGCAUCAGUGUCCGAAGGCGAGCGCAUUUCAUCCUUCCGAGCCACCGAGGAGCUCAUGCUUCGAUGCGGCGGCGCGUUCACCGAAGUGUUGCUUCUCGGCAAAAAUCUCGACGAACUCGCCGGAUACACGCACCGGCUUUCGCAACUGUUCAAAACGUUGGAUCUCGCGAGCAAGGAAGCGCGCGAAGACAAGGCUAAACUGGCUUCGGCAGGCGCUGACCACGCCGAAGGCUCGCCGAUCGUGUUCGAUAAAGUCACCGUAGGAGCGCCCGAGCCGGAUGGCUCGCAACGCGUGUUGGUGAAGGACUUGACGCUCGCCGUGGCGUCGGGUCAACACUUGUUGAUAACUGGUCCGAAUGGAUGCGGAAAAACGUCAUUGCUUCGCGUGUUGGCUGGAUUAUGGGCGCCCGUGUCCGGCACCGUCACCAGACCGUCUGGCGUAUCCAGCAUCAUGUGGUUGCCGCAACGGCCGUACUUGUUGCAAGGAUCGUUGCGCGAUCAAGUCGUGUACCCGCGCGACGCGCGCACGGAGAAGAUCGUCGACGCGCGCGUGAAGGAGUGUCUGAUGAUGGCUGGCCUGGCCAAAUUCGUGGACGGCUCCAUGAACGUUGGAUUAAACACGCGGCACUUGGAGUGGAACGAUGUGUUGUCCGGCGGCGAGCGUCAGAGAAUCGGUUUCGCCCGCCUUUACUAUCACGCGCCAAAGUUUGCCAUUCUUGACGAAGCGACGAGCGCAAUCAAUCCAGACGAAGAGUCCAAGCUGUACGAACGUCUCAUCGAAACCGACACCACCGUCGUGAGCAUCGCGCACAGGCUCGAGCUUAGAAAAUUCCACAAGUUGGAACUCAAAAUCGCGGGCGACGGCGAAGGCGGUUUUCGAAUCCUCAAACUUUAG